AACAUGUCUAUGUACCCUAAGUUUAUUUACAAUUUCUUGAUUGUACGGACGUGUGCUCACAUUCACACAACUCCCGUGAAUCCUAUACAAAUACAACUUUCAUGAUUCCAUACAACUUGAAGAGCGAGAGACCAAUCGAUCCACCCAUCGAUUUCUCUCUCAGAUCUUCCUUUUCAUCUUCAAUCCAUCAUGGGUUUAAAGAAUCUCUUCAAUCGGAAAACCAAGAAGAUCAAAAACCACAAAACAACCGACGAAACAAAUCCCACAAACAACACAACACCACCGGUCAUAUCCCAUGAACAAGAACUAGAACAAGUGUUCAACAAAUUCGACGUAAACGGUGACGGGAAGAUCUCAUCAUCCGAGUUGGGUUCGAUCAUGGGCAGCAUGGGUCACCAGCCGACACCGGAAGAGUUAGAGAAUAUGAUCAUGCAGGUGGAUGCAGAUGGCGAUGGGUUUAUAGAUUUGAAAGAGUUCAUUGAGUUGAACACGAAAGAUGUCGAUUCGAAUGAGUUGUUGGAGAAUUUGAAGGAGGCGUUUUUGGUUUUUGAUGUCGAUAAGAACGGGUCGAUUACGGCGGAUGAGUUGCAGAAGGUGUUGGGGAGUUUGGGGGAGGAGUGUACCGUUGGAGAGUGCCGGAAGAUGAUCGCCGGCGUUGACCAAGAUGGGGAUGGUAUGAUUAGUUUUGAUGAGUUUAAAGUCAUGAUGAUGAGUGGAUCUAUGUUUAAUGACUUGAUUUGAAUAUUAUUAUUUCCAAAAGUUUAUAAAAAAUUGUGUUUUAUAUUAACAAAAAUAUGAUCUUUCUCAUAUGAUGUGCGUAAAUUUAGUUUGUUUAGCUCUAAUUAUUUUAGAGGUCCUACUCUGGUGUUUUUAUUAUUUACACAAAAUGAUGUGACAUUAAUGAGUA